AGCAAAGGCAGACAUGGAACAUGCGACACGUCGAUACUCAGAUGUAGAAGUAGACCUGCGUUGAAGCUGUGAAUAUCCUGUUUCUCUGUGCCAUGUUGCUGACUAGACUGAUUGUUCUUCUCUUUCUGACUGGACACGUAUUUGCCAAAGAACCACCUGAUGUGGAGUGUUUGGUGGUGCAUCUGAAAUAUGUUAACUGCAACUGGAAUAAGCCGCGGAUCCCAAAUGUCAAUUACACCUUCGCCAGCUGGUUCCAUCAUGACAAGAAAGCCAGUGACUGCACCACCUAUGUGUCAGAGAACAGCACUGUCACUGGAUGUAGCCAACCCUAUGACAACCUGAUUUCCCAAAGGUUUUUGACAUUUUACACCCUGCUGACACAUGGCAACGAGACUUUUGAGAGGGAUCAUAACCUGAAACAGAGAGUCCAGUUAUAUCCACCAAGCCACCUGACUGUCAAGAAUGGAUCUGACUUUAACCUGUGGUUUUACUGGAACCAGACUGCUUUAAAUUGUGUGGAGAGUGAAGUUCGCUUCAGGACCAACAACAAGAAGUGGGAUACGUCUCUUGUCUCUAAUGGGAGGCAGAGUUACUGCAUCAACUUGCCUUCCAGCAGUGCCCAGUAUGAGCUGCAAGUGCGAAGCAUGUUGGGGAGCAACUGCGGAGAGUCUUUAUUCUGGAGUAACUGGAGUGAGCCUGCAGUCUGGGGAGCCAACAACAGCAUAGACGCCAAUCGAAUAAAUGUUUCAGCGUCUGUGUGGACUCCAUUUCUAUAUGUGGUGGGUGGUGUCACCCUCAUCCUGCUGGUCAUAAUGUUGCUGUACCAUGAAAGGCUCCGAAUCAUCCCAAUCCAUCCCAAGCCGUCCCUGGUCCUUUCCGACAUCGAGGAUUGGCUUCAAUUCUCCAAAGGCCUGAAAGGGAAUUUUAAGGAUAACUACAAUGAGCACGCCUGUCCUGUCCGCGAGUACUGCCAUGUCUCCCAGACCGACAGCGAGAGCUCUGAUGGCUCCACCUUCUCUGUCACCACCGAUCAAACCGACUUCUCCGUCUCCAUGCCUGUGAGCAAAUCAGAAGACCUGUCCACCUCCUUCUCCUCUUCCACCUCCGCCGUCUCAACUCAGGAGGAGCAGCAGAUCGCUGUUUAAGAGGCCUCAGGGUUGGUCACAACUUUACAGUCAGGAAAUUCUUAUUCUGACAGAAACCAGUCUCCUGCAAGAGUGCAAGGAUCUGAAAAAGAAAAAAUGAUGAUUGAUCUCAUAGUUCCCCAUGUAGGAACAUCUUUCAGAUAUCAUCUUGAAGCACUUAAAAGCGAUCAUUUAAAUUAAAAGCAGAUAGUGUUUAAAGAUACCAACCACUGGAUGCUGCAGUUACACAUAAAAGAAAAAUAACAAAUCUAAAUCUCCUUAAAAUGCCGGAUUUUAUUAGUUUAUUUUAUAUUAAUCAAAGGUUUAUUAUGAGAUGUUGGUUGUGUGCUGACUGAAAAUAAAGAUUUACGUGAGGAGAGUUCAAAUCACUUGCAUGGAACUGUUUUGCAGACAGUUGAAGAUAUUUACUCAUGCACUGUAAAUAAAGGAAUAUAAUGUAAUACAAAUAACCAUUUAAGGUAUAGAUUUAGGUGCUUAUGAAGAAAAUAACAGCCUGUCCAACAUGUUUCAUAUAAACUGCUAUCAGUCCAAAACCCCGCUUCACUAUAUGUUGAUAACAGAGAAUGUAACUUCAGCAAAAGAGACGCAGGCUUGAGGAGAAGACAUAUUAAAACUUCUCUCUGAAAAUCAAUAUGAGAAAAGCAGCACUUAUCAUGUUAUGAAAUAAAUAAACCACUGAACUCAUUCCUUCAUUGUUACGUCAGUCAGGUAAUCUUUCUUUGUAAGCAACUUUGAAGUUCUUCUCCCGAAAUUGAAUUUGAUGCGUUUUGAUAUAUGUAGUGAUAUAUGUGUAGUUUUCAUAUGUUUAGCUGUUUGUAUGACAUUAGCAUCAAAAUGUAUAACCAGCUAUACAGUAUAGACCCUUUUUUUAAAUCUCGUAUGUGACCUUGAAUCUCACUGAGCUUGAGACUGUACGAGGGCAAUUCACUCGCAAAAUUGUUUGCUCAAGACACUUUUCUUUGUUCUGUUAAUUUCAUGCCAAGUUGGAUCAUGACAAAAUAUGAUAUUCAAAAUAUUUUUGACAAAAUACCUGGUUGUGGUACUGGUAAUAUCGGUAAUGUUGGUUCGUGUUAGGUGUGUGCAGUGAACGGUGAACAAAUAAAUAAUAAAACUAGAUUUAAAAAAUACACAGAGUAGGAAAAAAACAUUUACUAUUAAUUCACUUAGCAAGUCGAAUUAGCAAUACUUUCUAACAAGGCACCUCAUAAAGGGUUUCUAAAUAAAUUAUUGGAUGUGUUAAUAUUUAGAGAUAAUUUACUAAUUGUUCCAAAAAAAACCCUAUGAUGUUUGAAAGUCUAUAUAAACACUUUGGCUGGUGUUUAUUUUUUCCAAAUUGUUUUGCUUUAUGAACAUUUAUAUCUGCAGACAAAGUGAGUGAUCAAUAUUUUAGAAAACAUGGCAACCCAAAACCAUACCUUCUUAGGCUACCAACAACAGCUCUAUAGCGCAUUAUUAUGCAUUAAUGAAGUGUAUAAAGGUGCCUCAUUAGAAAGUGACACCACGUUGCAAUAUCCAGAGGAUCACGUUGACAUCACCAAUACAUCCCAUUCCUUAAGCCUAUCAUGCUCCUGUAACUUUGAAUGUUAUCUCUCAAAAAAUGUAAUGUUCUUUUUAAGAAUUAUUUGAUUGGAUGUUGUUGCUGUUGCAAGCCACUUGUGUUUGUAUUGUUUAUUUACUGACAUAUUCCUGCGUGUAUUUUCCUCGCGUGCUUUUUUCUUAAAUAAAUAUACCUGUGUAUUUCCAUCAAAA